AUGAUGUCAUCAUUUCCUACUUAUUUAAGAAACAAUCAACAACCAACAAGACCAAUAGAUUCAGCAUUUCCUCCAUUUAAAAUAGAACAUAAAUAUAAAGGAGUUUAUGAAAGAGCAGGAUUUGACGUAUUUAAAGACGGAACUACAGCUAAUAACAACAACAACAACCAAGAUAACUAUUCAAUGAGGUCAUCUAACACUGGAAAUAAAAGUAUGCAUUCAAAAUCUCAAGACGAAUUCAAGCAACAGCAACAUCAACAACAGUAUUUACAACAACAACAGCAUACAUAUCAACAGCCGAAGUCAUCUUCAUCUUCAGCAUCAUUUAGUUCAUCAUCUAAUCAAUCGUCUUCACUGCCAUUUAGUUCAAAAUUUAAUUUGCAUAAAAGUACAAGUACUGUAUAUACAACUAAUAGACCACAAGAACAAAUUGAUGCAAGUAGAAGUAGUAGUUCAAAUAUUCGUCAACCAACUCCAACUUCUUCUUCAAUGCCAUAUCAACAACAACAGAAUUAUAGAUCAGUUUCAGAAUCUCAUCUCCAUCAACAACCAUAUCAUCAACAACAACAACCAUCAUUCCUCCAUCAAGAACAAAGAUCAAUGAGUUAUGGUAACCAUCAACAACCUGCAUAUGCCUAUACCAAUCAUCAUCAACAACAACAAGCAUAUGCUCAACCACAACAGCCACAACAACAACAACAAGCAUAUGCUCAACCACAACAGCCACAACAACAACAACAACCAUAUCGUAGCAUUCCAGAAGAUUCUGAAUCUACUUUUGAUUUUGGAUUACCUCAACCAACUACUUUUAAUAAUUCUAAAAAUAUCAAAAAGUUAACCCUUGAUUUAGAUAAUAAUAGUAAUUCAACAUUAGAAGCCAAAAGUAUUUCUGACACUACUUCCACUAACGCAUCCCAGAAUUGGUCACAAGCGGACAAAUAUCCACAAUCAGGAUAUCAACAAACCCCAACCUCGGCUGGGUCCUCUUCUCAUAGUCACCAAUCAAAACGACUCACUGGUCAAUCCUAUUCGGGCCACGUCCAUCAAUAUCAUCAACCACAACCACCACAACCCCACCGAAGAUAUUCACCAGCCUCACCAGCAUCAGCACAUUCAUCCGGGAAUAUCAUGUCAAUCCCAAAUCUGCCGCUGGCAUAUCUUCCCAAUCAUCAUCCAUUAAAGAUGGCAAGUUCACCGAAUUUAUCAUUACAUGCAUCGAGUGGGAAAUUACCGGCUUCUCCGACAAAUCCUGACUUACAAGGGGUUUCGAGGGAUGAUAAACUCUCCCAUGCUUUAAAUCAAUUUAGAGCCGAUGUGGAACAGCUGCAUCAACAACAGCAACAGGUGCAACAACAACAACAACAGCAACAACAACAACAAUACCAACGACAUCAUGAACCGCAGGUGAGGCAAUAUCAGGAGACAUAUAUGGAACAACCAGCGUAUACUAGUCCAGAUAGACAGACUAGUGAAAGUCCCGAACAAGUCUAUGAUCCUAAUAAAUUAAUCAUGCCAACCCAACAGCUGAAUUUUAGAAAUAGUCAAUUAUCAAUGGUGAGUUCUAUCAUCUCUAAGGGGGGCAGUAGUAGUAGAUCAAAUAGUCCAAGUGGGGGUGAGAGUGAGGGGGAUGAUAAAUAUGAUGAGGAUGCUGAGAUUGAGAAGGAAUUGGAGAGACAAUUGAUGAGUUUGAAAAUGAGUGGACAAGACGGGGAGGAUGGAGAGGGGUUUACAGAUGAUGAGAGGAAAUUGGUGGGAGCCGGGGUGGUGCCACUUUUGCCGUCGUUUAAUAUUCAGGAUAUGAGUGAGGUUGAACUUCCUGUGGUGAAUGGACAUGAGGAAGAGGUGGAAGAGGAAUUGACACAACCGCUUUCGAUUAGAUCAAAGUCAGUUGAAUUAGCCCGAGAAGAACAGGAGGAGGAAGAACGGUCAGCAGAAGAAGAAGUGGAAGACGAGCUGAUUCAUCCACUUUCACCAAAAACCCAUAUCAUCGAUCAAGAAUUAAAAAACAUGAAUUUUGAAAUCACCACCACCGAUAAAUCCCCCUCCGAUUUCUUAAACAAAGAAAAAUUCGACUCCACCCCAACUCCAAUCAUCCCCCAUGAACCAACCCACCACAUCGACAACCUACCCGAUGAAACACCACUUUCACCAAUCAUCUACCCUGCAGGACAAGGUCCAUGUCGUGCUUGUCAUCUACCAAUCCUAGCUGGAUCCCAUGGCAGCGACAAGGCAAUCUAUUCCAAAUCGGGUGAUCUCUCCGGACAAUGGCAUCGGAGAUGUUUCCGCUGCUCGCAUCCGAAUUGUAAUACCCAAUUCACCAAAUCCGUAGCGGUGUAUGUCUUGGCCGAUAUGCCAUAUUGUUAUGAACACUAUCAUGAAUUAAACGGCUCUAGAUGUGAAGAGUGUAUGAUUGGGAUUGAAGGGGAAUGUAUUGAGAAUGAAUUGGGACAGAGGUGGCAUUUGGGUUGUUUGAAGUGUUGGAAUUGUCGGGGGAGGAUAAGGGGGGAUUAUUGGGUUGUGGAUGGGGAGAUUUGUUGUGAGGAGGAUGCGAAGAUUUUGGUGUUGGAUAGAGAAAGAGAAGGUGGUGGGGUUGAUAAAAUGGUGAGAAGACGGACGAGGAUAUUUAACAUGGAGUGA